AUGGGCGAGAAACGGCAGUAUGGCGACUACGCCGAGCACCCCGACCGCGCCGCCAAGCGCCAAAAGGAGUCGUCGAACAACAGCUACAACAGCUACAACAGCGACAAGCCGCGGCACCUGCAGCCCGGCGUCAAGAAGCAUGCACGGCGGCCCGAGUCGUCCAACUGGGCCAAGAAGCGUGCACGCACAAUUGAGCGGAGGCUGCGGAACCCGGACAGCCUGCCGGCCAAUGUACAGCGGGAUCUGGAGUCAGAGCUGGCGGCACUGCGGCGGCAGAUUGAGGAGCGGCAAAGCAAGCGGGUGCGCGCGCACAUGAUUAGCAAAUACCACAUGUUGCGAUUUUUUGAACGCAAAAAGGCGAUACGGCGGCAGAAGCAAUUGAAGAAGCAACACAAUGCGACGGACGAUGCGGCGGAAAAGGCAGAGCUGGCACAAGACCUUGCUGUGGCCGAGAUUGAUGUGCUGUAUCCGCAAUACUACCCCUUCCUUGAACCGUACGUAAGCUUGUACCCGCAGAGCAAGAAGGGCACGGACGACAAGGACGACAAGGACGGCAAAAGCACAGCACCGUUUUCCCGCAGCCCACGACCACCAAUGUGGGAAGAAAUCAAGGCGGCCUACGAGGCAGGCGGCCUACAGGCAUUGCAGAACAUCCGGGAUCGGCAACCACCAAAGGAGGGCAAGCAGAGCAAGGAUGCCAAGGGCAGCAAGGGCAGCAAGGCCAGCAAGGCUGACAAGGCUGGCGCCGAAAAGAAGCCGGGCAACACGGCCAAAUCAAAAGAGUCCAAGAAGGUGGAGGUGGAGUCUGACAGCGACGAUGGAGGGUUCUUUGAGGAGGAUUAA